AUGCAGUCAGGGAGGCAGGGCAGCAGGCAGCAGUCAGGGGGCAGGCAGGGCAGGGGGCAGCAGAGGCAGCAGGGCAGGGCAGUCAGCAGCAGCAGGGCAGAGCAGAGGGGUCAAGGGGGGCAGGGAAGCAGGCAAGGGCAGAGGGGAAGCAGGUGGGAGGCAGAGCAGAGCAGGGCAGGAGCAGGCAGGUCAGGGAAGCAGGGGCCAGCAGAGCAGACAGGGCGAGCAGGGCAAGCAAGGAGAGGCAGGCAGGGGGGGCAGCAGUCAGUGCAGGAUCAGCAGGCAGGGGGCAAGCAGCAGCAGAGGCAGGGCAGCAUCAGGGGGAGGGGGGGGCAGGCACAGGCAGGAGCAGGGGUCUGCCAGGGGGUCAGGCAACGGCGGGGGCAGGCAGCAGCAGAGGAGGGGGAGCAGCCAGAUAUCAGGCAGGGAAGGCAGCAGGCGCAGCAGGAGGGGGGGAGCAAGGGGCAGCAGAGCAGUCAGGGGGGGCAGGGGAGGCAGCAGCAGGGGGGGCAGGGGGGGGGGAGGGAGAAGGAGGGGAGGAGGAGGAAGAGGGCAGGAGAGGGAGAGGAGGAGGAGGGCAGGCAGGAAGGUAGGGGGGGGAAAGGGGAGGGGGGGGCAGGGGGGGGAGAAGGGGAGGGGGAGGGAGAGGGAGGCAAGAGGAGGAGGGAGCAGAGCAGGGAGUGGGAAAGGGAGGAGGAGGGCAGAGGAGAGAGGCAGAGAGGCAGCAGGAGGGGGCGGGGGAAGGGGGGAGGAGAGGAGGGAGGGGAGAGAGGAGGCAGGGAGGCGGGAGGGAGCAGGCAGGAGGCCGCAGGGCAGCGAGGCAGGCAGGAGGAGGGGCACAGGCAGGGGGCGGUCAGGGCAGCAGGUCCACAGGCAGGCAUGCAGAGGAGAAGGGGCAGCAAUGGGGGCAAGCAAGGGCAGGGCAGGGAGGGCAGGCGCAGGGGCAGUAGGGAAGCAGCAGCAGGCAGGCAGAGGCAGGCCAAAAAAAAAAGGGGGCGGGCAGCAGUAGUCAGGCAGCAUGGGCAGCAAGCAGGGACAGGGCAGCAGGGGCAGCAGGCAGGGGGAGUGGGCAAGGCAGCAGGCAGGGAGAGGGCAGCAGCCAGCAGCAGGAGAGCAGGCAAGGGGGAGAGAGGGGGCAAGGCAGGAGGUCAGGUCAGCAGCAGCAGAGGGCAGUGA